AAAAAAAAAAAGGCGUCGAGUCUUAUCCUACUCAAAAUUCUAACGAAUUUAAAAUUUUGAGUAUUCUAUUGAAGGAGCCCUGCUUGCAGCGAGCAUUUUAAUCCUUUAUAAUCCUCAGAAGAUCACGCGGCUUUCAUGGCGAUUUAUCGCCACUCGCAAGUUGAUACAGGUUUCUGGAUAUCGUCUUUCCCGCCAUACAUUACCGGAGUGUUAAAAUGGGGAUGAUGGCGCUCAUGAUGGCAGCGACGAAGCUCGCUGGAAUCGUCCUGACGCUCUCCGUGGCGGCGAAUGUGUUCUCCUUCUCCCGUUACCGGAAGAAGGUCCUCAGGCCGUUCCGAUCUCCAAUUGACGAGGCUGCCGAUGUGCUUGCUGCCUUCAAUGUCGACUCUGCCUCCGUGGAAAAUGGUUUCUUUUUUGGACUUGCCACGGCCCCUGCUCAUGUUGAGGAUAGGCUUGAUGAUGCAUGGCUUCAGUUUGCAGAGGAACAGCCCUGUGGUGACUCUGAGCAAACACAGAUGCUGCAAUCUACUCAUGCUGUAUUGGCUUCUGCAGCUGCUGAUGGUGGCUCUCAGCAAGCAUCUUCAGAUGGUCACAUUUUUGAAGAAUCUACCAAGAGCAAGGUAAAAAGGCCCCUUAAGAUUGCCAUGGAGGCUAUGAUUAGAGGAUUUGAAAAGUAUUCGGAUGAGGCAGAAUCUGAUUCAAGAACUGAAUGUACCCAUAAUGUUGCUGCUUGGCACAAUGUGCCUCAUCCGCGGAGGCGGCUCAGAUUUUGGUCUGAUCCUGAUACUGAGUUAAGACUGGCCAAGGAUACUGGCAUUACUGUUUUUCGGAUGGGAAUUGAUUGGGCAAGAGUUAUGCCAAAGGAACCACAAAAUGUGCUGAAUGAUAGUGUAAACUUUGCAGCACUGGAGCGGUACAGAUGGAUCAUUGAAAGAGUGCGUUCAUAUGGAAUGAAGGUGAUGCUUACUUUAUUUCAUCAUUCUCUUCCUUCUUGGGCUGGAGUAUAUGGAGGAUGGAAAGAGGAGAAAACUGUUCGUUAUUUCAUGGAUUUUACAAGGCUAAUAGUUGAUCGUGUAUCAGAUCUGGUGGAUUACUGGGUACCGUUUAAUGAACCUCAUGUAUACUGUCUGUUAACGUACUGUGCGGGUGCUUGGCCAGGAGGAAAUCCUGAUAUGAUUGAAGUUGCGACCUCUACUUUACCUUCUGGUGUAUUUAGUCAAGCCUUACACUAUAUGGCUGUUGCGUAUUCAAUGGCCUAUGAUUAUAUCCAUGAAGAGAGCAAGAAUAGUGGAAAGACCAUGGUGGGGAUUGCACACCACGUCUCCUUUACUCGUCCAUAUGGCCUCUUUGAUGUUGCUGCUGUUAUGCUGGCGAAUUCAUUAACGCUUUUCCCUAUAAUAGAUACCAUAUGUGAUAAGCUGGAUUUUCUAGGAAUAAACUAUUAUGGGCAGGAAAUUAUUACUGGGCCUAGCUUGAAGCUGGUGGAUAGUGAGGAAUAUAGUGAAUCUGGUCGAGCUGUUUAUCCCGAUGGUUUGUUUAGAGUGCUGCAUAUGUACCAUGAGAGAUACAAGCAGAUGAAUAUUCCUUUUAUCAUCACUGAGAAUGGAAUUUCGGAUGAAACAGACUUGAUUAGACGCCCAUACCUGCUGGAGCAUUUAUUAGCUGUUUAUGCUGCCAUGAUAACGGGGGUACCAGUUCUUGGUUAUUUGUUCUGGACAACAUCAGAUAAUUGGGAGUGGGCCGAUGGAUAUGGUCCCAAGUUUGGGCUUGUUGCAGUUGAUCGUGCAAAUGAACUUGCACGCAUUCCUCGCCCAUCAUACCACUUGCUCUCCAAGGUUGUGAAAUCAGGCAGAGUAACAAAAUUAGACAGAGAUCGUGUUUGGGGUGAUCUGCAGCUUGCUGCUAAAGAAAAGAAGACGCAUCCAUUUUACCGAGCUGUUGAUAAGAAUGGAUGCAUGUACGCAGGUGGACUAGAUGAGCCUUUAUACAGACCCUAUAUCGUAAGAGACUGGCGAUUCGGGCACUAUGAAAUGGAUGGAUUGCAGGAUCCAUUAAGCAGAUUGUGGAGAUCAAUCACUGCACCAAUAAGAAGAAAGAAGAGAGCUAAUGCGUUUGAAGAAGAUGAUUUUGGGGCUCCGGGUUAUCUCGCCUUUUGAUGUUCCAACAACAUUGUGUUCCAUCAUUAGAGUUGCAAAUGAACCGAGUGUUUGACAAGCUACAUGUAACUCGGCUCGAUCAAAGCUCGUUCGUGUUUCGUUGAUUAACUAAUUGAAC